CGAACCUCAUUUGGACCUCUCUGCCUUUUCCUCAGUCGCUGGAUAACCUCACCCGCCAACUCACGUCAACCGUCUUUCAGUCGCGACGAAACUGUCAAGAUGGCCAAGUCAAAGAACGCCUCUCAGCACCACCGCAGCCAGAAGGCUCACCGUAACGGUAUCAAGAAGCCCAAGACCAACCGUUACCCCUCCCUCAAGGGUGUCGACCCCAAGUUCCGUCGCAACCACAGACACGCCCUUCACGGUACCGCUAAGGCUUUGAAGGAGCGCAAGGAGGGCAAGCGUGAGAUCGCUUAGGUCAUCUAAUAUAGAAGUCAAGACGAAAAUGAAAGCGAUUUGAGCUGGUGAUUUCCUCCUACUUUACGUGCAAUGAACCCCACCAUCCCGUUCCAUUCCAAGAACAUUUGUCGAACGAACUCGGUUGUCAUAUAAACCAAAUGGACUCGAUUUCGAUUUCGUGACGCUUUGUGUUUUCUUGGCUCUACCCCGGCGUCCUGUCGAGGUGGUUCGAUGGAUGGAUCUAUUCCCAACCCAGGCAUAUGUGUGUACAGCUUCGUGCUUAUUUCUAAUGCGCGCUUGCUGAAGGAUUUUAUAACGUGCCGAGAAAAGAUUUCAUGCCUUCCUAU